UAUAUGUGUGUGAGAAACACGGCAACAACCAAGAUUCCCCAUUCCCCUCCCACAUUCGUCUUUCAUUUUUUUUUCUCCCGAGUCGAUGGGGAGCGUCGGCGCGGCGGCGGAGGAGGAGCAUCCGCAGCGGGAGGGGGCGGUGGGGACGGUGCCUCGGUUUCUGUGCCUGCACGGGUUCCGCACGAGCGGGGAGAUUAUGCGGACGCAGGUGACGGGGAAGUGGCCCGGUGACGUCACCUCCCGGCUCGACCUCGUCUUCGCCGACGCCCCAUUCCCCGGCCUCGGCAAGUCCGAGGUCGACGGCAUCUUCCCCCCGCCCUACUACGAGUGGUUCCAAUUCGACAAGGGGUUUAUGGAGUAUAAGAACUUCGAUGCGUGCCUCGCGUACAUCGAGGAGCUGAUGAUCGAGCACGGACCCAUCGAUGGCCUCAUGGGAUUCUCUCAGGGGGCGAUUCUCUCCGCCGCGUUGCCGGGUCUGCAAGCCAGGGGGGCGGCGUUAACGAGGGUUCCGAAGGUGAAGUGCGUGGUGAUCAUCGGAGGGGCGAAGUUCCAGUCACCGGCGGUGGCGGAGAAGGCCUACGCCACCAAGAUCGAGUGCCCCUCCCUCCACUUCAUAGGUGAUGCGGACUUCUUAAAGCAACACGGGGAAACGCUUCUCGAAUCGUUCGUAGAUCCUUACGUCAUCCGCCAUCCGAAGGGCCAUACAGUCCCUAGAAUUGAUGAUGCAAGUAUGGAAACGAUGCUCAAUUUCCUAAACAAGAUUGAAAAUGAUUUGAAUGAUUUUGUUGAAGAUGCAACAACUUUUGAGCAGGAGGAGGUUGCUUAGCUUAUCAGAGUACCCUCUGUAAUCUCUCUCUCUCUCUCUCUCUCUCUCUCUCUCUCUCUCUCUCUCUCUCUCUCUUUUUUUUUUAAAAUCAAUUAGUACUGCAGCAGUGGCUGCAAAACGCAUGUAAUACGAAAAGAAAUGUUACAAAGAUUCCUUUAUAUGGGAAACUCUUCUUUUGAGCAAAUACUUUUAUUGUAUCUUUUGAGCAUAAUGCUAGUUUUAUAUGAA